GUAUAUUUGGGCGCGCACGCCGACCGAUGGAUGCCACGAAGCGCCGAUGCCCUGGAUACUCACUGCCCAUGCUUACUUGGACCGGGCUGGACUGGACCGAACGCGACUGAAUCGGACUUGAAUCUGCUCAUUGCCAUACCGUCUCAAAGGUGUUGACGGUAUGAUUUUGACACCCCGAAAUAUUGGGGGUGCGUCUCGCAAGUUGCUGACGCGGAAGGCUGCUGUGCCCCAGCGCCCUUCUCUACCCUCUAUCCUUCUCUCUGGGCGUUCAGUCAGUCAAGUGUCCCCGCUGACCUUGACCUGAUCCUGGCCUGGCCCGGGGACUGGCUCCCAAGUGGCCCAGCCAGUCCUACCGAUACAUGUGUGUGUGUUUUUCGUCGCCAGGCUACUUCUGAUCUCCAUUCCCGUCCUUGUUCUUGUUCUCCUCACUCGCAUCACUGACCCCUCUCCUCUCUUAUUACCUGCUUUUUUCCCUCUCUCGGUUUACCUUACUACCGACGUUUACCUUAUCCGGCCCAGGGCUCUCACUCUGGUCUACCUUCACUUUACCUAACGCUGCCCGCCCGCCUGCACGCACACACGCACGCGCGCCCACCCACUACCCUACCAUCUCUACCACCCUGUCUCUCUCAACCCGAUCUAUCGGCCUGCUGUUUACUGCCCUUUGCCUGGCUGAACCGUUCCCGCGUUUUACCUUACUUUCACCUCUCGCCUCGCCUCGCCUCGCCUCACCUCACCUCACAACGACCUCGUUCCUUUUUUCCCUUCCCUUCCUCCCAGAUCUUUAUCCCACCCCAGUCGGCCACAACUGGACUUGCCGUCGUCACUCCCAGUGUCACUCCCUGUGACGUUCCUAUGUUGUGAGCGGCACCGGCUUCGCACUGGAUUUUCGCCCUUCCUUUUUUUCGUUGUGCCAUUUCCCUCUCUUCAUUCAGCUUGUCUCUAUCCCGCCAUCGCUCGGCCCUCCGCUUCUCUUUCCUACUUAUUUUCUGGUAUCAGACUGUUCGCGCUGGAUGCGCAAUGUUGCAAACAUGAGCUUCCUCAAGACAAGAACCCACCAACUGUCUGCCGCCAUGCAGAACUCGCCCACUUCGACAUCCUCAGGCGAAGACCCCGCAGAGAACACGGCCGACGAAGAAGACUCCGAGGACUACUGCAAGGGCGGCUACCACCCCGUGCAGAUUGGCGAAAAAUUCAAGGACGGCAAAUACACGGUCGUGCGCAAGCUUGGAUGGGGCCACUUCUCUACCGUCUGGCUCUCUAGGGACAACAGUUCGGGCAAGCACGUUGCCUUAAAGGUCGUCCGCUCCGCUGCGCACUACACCGAGACCGCCAUUGACGAGAUCAAACUCCUCAACAAGAUUGUUCAAGCCAAGCCUGACCACCCCGGACGCAAGCAUGUCGUCAGCCUGCUUGACUCCUUUGAACACAAGGGCCCCAACGGCACCCACGUCUGCAUGGUCUUCGAGGUCUUGGGCGAGAACUUACUGGGUCUGAUUAAGAAAUGGAACCAUCGAGGCAUCCCCAUGCCCUUGGUCAAGCAAAUCACUAAGCAGGUGCUGCUGGGCCUCGACUACCUUCACCGCGAAUGCGGAAUCAUCCACACAGACUUGAAGCCCGAAAACGUCCUCAUCGAGAUUGGCGACGUUGAACAGAUCGUCAAGAAGGUGGUCAAGAGCGAUCCCGGCGACAAGGAAAACAACAGGAACGGUCGGAGAAGAAGACGCACCCUUAUCACUGGCAGCCAGCCGUUGCCGUCCCCUCUAAAUGCCAGCUUCAACCACAACAACCUCUUCCCAACGACCAACUCGAGCCUCAGCCAAGUGAUGCAUGAAGGAGGAAAAUCCUCCACCGAUGCUUCCCCUAAGCGCGACGCUGACCAGAAGACGCGCGAGAAGACAGCCGAUCUCCUUACGAAAGAAGUUUCGGGCAUCUCCCUCGAUAAGAGCAAUUCGCCUUCCUCCGGAGAAAAGCGCAAGGCGGAGGAUGCACAUGUAUUUGACGUUAUUAGCGUCAAGAUUGCCGAUUUGGGCAAUGCCUGCUGGGUCAACCACCACUUUACCAAUGAUAUCCAGACCCGGCAGUAUCGCUCACCUGAGGUCAUACUGGGCUCCAAAUGGGGCGCGAGUACCGACGUGUGGAGUAUGGCGGCCAUGGUAUUUGAACUGAUCACGGGCGACUACCUCUUUGACCCGCAAUCCGGAACCAAGUACGGCAAGGACGACGACCACAUCGCGCAGAUCAUCGAGCUUCUCGGCCCCUUUCCCAAGUCGCUCUGCCUUUCGGGCAAAUGGUCCCAGGAAAUUUUCAACCGCAAAGGCGAGCUGCGUAACAUUCACCGCCUGCGUCACUGGGCCCUGGCAGAUGUCCUCCGCGAAAAGUAUCAUUUCAAGGAGGAGGAGGCGAAGCGCAUCGCUGAUUUCUUGACCCCCAUGCUGGAACUUGUGCCCGAGAAGCGCGCCAAUGCCGGAGGCAUGGCGGGGCACCUGUGGCUCGAUGACACACCCGGCAUGAAGGGUGUUAAAAUCAACGGGCUUGAAGUCGGUAGUCGGGGAGAAGGCAUCGAUGGCUGGGCAACAGAGGUGCGGAAACGGUAGGGGAAAAGUAAUGAAGACCGCUUUCGAUAAUAGGGGGCCACCAAGAUAUCAACGUAAUAUUAUAUGAACGGUCGCCGGCCCCCUAUCCCCUUCCCCCCCUCCUUGGCCAGCAUGCUGCACCUCAGCAUUGUACCUGAUUUGGAUUGAGUAGUUGCAUGCACUGCACGCACCCAAAGUGCUGCAUGGAGUUUUGCUCUUUGUCAGUGCAACAGAGGACACUUACAUUACUAUUACUACUACUACAACUACAACACCUACGACACCUACUACAACAAUUACAACGUCAAAACAACAACUACUACAAACAAGACAACCAUCAUUGAAAGUGCUACAAACGCAAAUAGGGGGAGGAGAACAACUAAGACGCAAUCGAUAGGCUCAGCUUCCUUGCUGCGUUUGAAGGAAGGGAUAGACACGAUAUUGUGUGCAGAGGAAGGCAGGUAGGGCAUAUUUUGGAAAGAGUCUAGUAUGGCUCAGUUUCUUUCUUUUUUUUCAAAGUAGAAGAGGAAGAGGAAGCA